GGAUUCCCCCUCUGCCCCUUAAAGAACUCAAGCUCAACAUCCAUCGAAGAAGUAUUCUUGGACUGAAGACACACUUCACUCCCUCGUGACAAACUUCACCCUCGCUCAACCAAACACCAAGGACCCAAAAAAUGGCAAUGGCAAACCCAACACCUUCCCCGCCUUCACCACCCCGCCUCCGAAUCCAAACACGUCCCCGCCGCCUCUCAAAGUUCACCGAAGGCAGCGAACUCACGCGCCCAGAACUCCUACAAAGAACACCAACCUCCAACUCACACUUCUUCCACAUCCUAUCCGAGAUGGACGCCCACGAAGCCGCUCGACGCUCAUCACGAUCACCGACCACUCCCCCAACCCAAUUCGCCUCUCACAGCCACAGCCACAAUCACAGAAACUCAGAUUCCAGCUCCACUUCCUCGGUCGAUAGUUUCGCAAGUCCGGAUAAAGAGCGAGAGUUCGGGGGCGUGAAGGAGGGCAGGAGGAGUAUUACGUUUGGCAGGAAGAGUCUGAAUUUAGAUGACAGGCCGAUGAUGGAUGUUGCGGAGAAGGUUAGAGGGUUUAAGGGACGGUUGAGGGCUUUCACUGCGGGGAGGGCUGGGGAUGUGAAGCCUUAUCCUGGGACUUGAGUUUUGACCCGAAGGGUUUUCAUCAAUAUUCGAUGGGACGAACAAAGCAAUGGGAAUCAACGGAUGAUCCAAUUCUCGGGGUUCGGCAUGGAAGAGCAUUCGAAACGCGAAAGACGAGAUCAUGAAAGCACCGGCUUGAGAAGGUUGCCAGGGAAGGCGACCAAGACGGACGACGCCGAGG